AUGUGGGAGUCUCCUCGACAGAUGCAAGCGCACACGCCCUUCCCCUCCUGGAUACCCUACGCCGGCACGUUCGCCGCCGGGGGCGGCCCGGCGGCAGCGGCCGCCCCGAGCCUGGCGAGCGAGCACGGCCCCGACCAUGCCUGGAACCAGAGCGCCCCAAGUGUGGUAGCGCACGGGGGCAGCGGCUACAGAGGGAACUUCCUGUCUCUGCUCGAAGCGAAGAACGUGACGCCGGAGAUGUUCGUGGACGACGUUCCCGCGGCAUGCGACUACCUCGGAGGAGUGGCCGCCGGCGGCGCCGCCGCCAGCAGCAGCAUGGCCGGUCCGGCUUCUGCCUGUGGCCUUCUCGGCAACGUGGACCCGUACUCUACUGUUGCCAGCAGUGCUCCUCCAGUCAAGCAUGAGACGGCAAGCUCGCCACUCGUGUACUCGGGGGACAGUGUGGUGCACGGGACCAGCAUGGGCUGCAUGCCGUGCUACGACCACGAGGAGAAACCAGCUGAUGACAGCCAGCGGCAGGGCUUUGGAGCUAGCAGCACGGCUGCAUUUCUGCAGCAAACGGUCCCAAGCCGAGUGGAGCUUCAGAGUGCCCUGCUGGGUUAUUCAGGCAUGGUGUCUGAAAGAGUCGAGUCUUCCUUUGGCGUGGGGAGCUUGCCGGAUGCCGGUUCUUUCAGUGACUACAACAGGUCAAGUGCAGACUUCAUGUCCAGCAACAGCAAUAGACAGGAGCAAGAUAUUAGGCCGGGGAUGGGCAUGGGCGGUCGCAGCAGUGGAAGUGGAGCUGCGACAAGUGUAGCCACGAGGAGGAAAUCAGAGGAAAGGGUUGGAGGAAACACGAAGAAAUCUAAGCAGGAGGCUUCCCACAAGACGUCGCCUCCUAAGCCUCAAGCGCCCAAAGUGAAGCUGGGAGAGAAGAUCACAGCGUUGCAGCAAAUCGUGUCACCUUUUGGGAAGACUGAUACAUCAUCGGUGCUGUUUGAAACGAUCGAGUACAUAAAAUUUCUUCAUGAGCAGAUACGGCUGUUUAGUGAACCGUACAUGACGAAAAGCACGUACAAGGGUCACAUUCGACGCAGAGGCGAAGAGAAAGAGGAGGAAAGCGGGACGGGGCAUGACUUGAGGGGCAGAGGGCUCUGUCUGGUCCCUGUUUCGUUGACCUCGCAAGCAUACCACGAUGACGCCACCCUGCCGGACUGCUGGGCGCCCGCGUACAGGAGCUGCCUGUACCCAUGA